AUGUCGAGAGCAGGGCUGGGGUGGUGGGUAUCGGCGCCAUGGCUCCGCGAUCUUCGCGAGGCUGGUCGCCAGGAACGAUCAGCAGCGAUGGUCCAACACGCUGCCCUUGACCCGUCUCCCGCUGGCCAUGCCCACGCGCUGCAGAGUGUUGCGAACAUGGCUCGACAAUCGCGCGCUAGACCGGCUUGGGCUGCGGCGGGCUUGCUUCGGCCAGUGAAAGCAGGCGACGUUGGGAGCACUCAGGCGCUGCUGGCGAGCCGUUUGGGCGCCUUCUCACCGGCGCGCGCAGCCAAUGGGCGGCGAGGCGGUGGGCCGGCGGGCGGUGGUGCAACUGCACAACGGUCGACUAGCGGCCGUACAGAGGACUCGAGUGUCGAGCAGCGCUGA